AUGAGGCCCAGAGUUUCCGAUUUCGAUGGCUUGGAGCAGGUCAUCUUCCGAAUAAUAGCGGUGUCGUUGGGAGUUGCUAUGCUAUGCCUCUACAUCUAUGAAACGGUCCAGUUUGGACUGGUCAUCUUCCUAGGCUUCGCGUCGGCCCCAUGGACCAUUCUCUACAACACCGCCGAGGCACUGCUGCUCUUCGACAAAAGCCGGCGCAUGGGCCGACCGCCGCCGUGGCUCUACGCCUGCUUGGAGCUCACCAGCAUGUUCUUAACCGCCACGUCGGGCGUGUGGACGCUCUUUGUUGGAUUUAUGGAAGGGACAACGUAUAGCCACGCGCGGAUGGCGACGGCCGGAGCCAUGAACUUUGGCCUGGCAGCUAUGCACCUCGUCUUCUUCUUUUGGGUGGGCGAGUGCUUCGGAUGCAUUCCGGAUCCCGAAGCCAACGAUACCUUGCUGAAGCGCUAA